AUGAAUCGGUCUUGGUCUUCUCUUCCGGACCUGAGGGCCUUAGCAGCUGCGCGUGGAACGCAGCAAAAGUUCAUCAGCGCCAACGAUCAUGAUCGGGCGUGGUCUUCCCUGCCGGACCUUCACCCUGAAUCUAACGACGCCUCGAACAGCUACCGCUGGAAUCCAGACUCUACUUGCGCUUUGCCCGAAAUCACUGAGAAUCUCGGCAUACCUGGGGCUUAUAAAUUCUUGGACGACGAAGCUCAACGACCUUCGCAGGCCGACAUUGCGGUGGGAAACGAUUUGAAGCAAGAGGCUCUUACCAAUGUCAAUGUCAACACGGCAAUUUCUCUGGCCAUCGAGUGCGCUGUUCGGGCAUAUCAGCCUGAACAGCCCAUCACAUUGCGCCACCCUGGUCGGCCCGGCGUUGCUGCACCCAAAGUCGUCGAUAAUCUCACACAGAGCUCGUCUGAUGACGCGCAAGUCAGUCGUAUCGCCCUUUUCGAGCACCAGCACGCCGAAGCGUCUUCUAGUCACAGCAAGACGGAGGCUAAGGUCACUCUUGUCGUUGCUGUCGUGGGGCUCGAUCUGCCAGAAGAUCUUAAAGAGGAGCACAUCUUCAAUGCGGUGGAUGGAAGAUGCGGCGCCGAAACGAAGACUUUUCAGCCCGUGCCCGUGGACAUCAUCGAGAGCCCGCUUUUGCAUCCGCGAGGUCAGCCGAUGCUCGUGCACCGCCGUUUCAUGGGUGCUGCGGCAAAGAUCGUGGACCGGGUGGCAUCUGCCAUUCGUAGCGCUUGCUCUGAUUCAGACACGUCAACAGCGUUGCUGGUCACUGGACACUCCUCGGGUGGUGCGAUCGCCUCGCUAGUGUUGAGGCUGCUUUGCAAUCAUCACGCGAUGCUCAUGAGCAAAUGUGAGUGAUGAUGCAAGCCGGCUCAGCUCGGUUCGCACGGUCUAGCACCGCCGUUCAGAGAGAUGCAUAACAGAGCCGAGAAACCAGGACUCACACAAAGAUUGCCCACUUUUGUCUCACGCAUGCAAUCGUGAAUGUGUAGUCGCAGGUCACAUUCGCCUUGUGACCUUCGGGUCUCCCCCAGUCAUCGCAUCCCAUCAUGAGCAUCUCUUCAAGCCAGCCGAGGCGCGCUGCCAGGCUUUCAUGGCGCAGGGAGACGCGGUCACUUUUGUUCGCUCGGCCUCCGACAGGCAGCUAGCCUUGCCUGAAAUCAACACCUUCAACAAAGUGCUAAGCCCUAUGCUUCACGAGACAAGCAGACUCGCCCAGACAGUCGCCUUGUGCCCUGUUGGCCAGCUGGUCAAAAUCGAACAACAUGACUUGUUUGAGUCAACGCUCCGCCAGGUAGACUUGCGUUCCUGGAGCUCGAUGACUCCACCAGAUCCCUGGCAUCCUCAAUCGCAUAGCAUCGUGUCCUAUUGGCUGUUGAUCCAGUCACUCGACACAUCCAGAUGGACACCACGGGCUUCAGCACUUUUCUCGGAGGCUUCACCACUGUCCUCGGAUGCAUUGCGAGAGGAUUCGCCUGACUUUUGUGGCACGUCCGCUUUGUCACAACUGCAGAGCGUCAACGCAGACGAAGAUAUGGCGAUCCUUUACGUAGACAUUGCCAAACUGCACCCAGCCCCCUCCUUCAGCGGAAGCUCUGUGAGGAUUCCUUUGGACGUCCUGACUUGGUUUAGCGAGGAAGGCAUUGCGAAGACCAUCUCAGCUUUUGAGCUACGACAUUUGGCAUGCGUCCAAGCAGCUGUUCUGCCGGUCACCUACAACCCAGUGUCUGCUCUACUUGGCUCACCUUGCAUCUACCUCUAUGGUAAUGCAGCCUCCAAAGAACACCGCGACUUUGCGAAAUGGUUGACGACAAGUGGUUUUCCAGUACUGCUUCGGUCUUACGCCCUUGCCCCGCCGAGCAUGCUCACGACCGCGACAUCGAAAGCGCCAACGGUCUCUCGUCCAGCCGGCGCUCGAGUCUCUCACACAGGUGGCGAGACCACAAGUACAGCUGGGUGCAGCAAAAACCAAGCAGGCGGAGAUCCCUUGCAAGGGACCAGCGGCACGGCGAAGCCUGAACUUGCGCCACAAGCAGGGCCAGCCGCCCCUGAAACAGGGUUCGCGCGCUAUGUGAGCACGCUGGAGCUGGACCGGGGAGAUCUUGCUCCUCAGCAACGUUUGAUGGUUGGCCCCCGUGCACCCAGUAACACGUGUCCACUGCGUCCACAGCUCUGUGGGCCCACAGCGCUCCAGUCCAAGCAGAUCUUCCAGUUUCAGGGGAUCUUGGAAGACGAUUUGACCAAACGGGUCAAAUACAAGUGGAUGCACAUCCUCACUGUCAUCCCUGGUCUACGAUGGGAAGCCCUCUACUAUCGGCAGCACGUUGGAGGGGUCUUGAACACAAGUGGCUCCCCUUUCUUGGCAGGAUUACUCCAGUCAACACCAGAGCGUAUGCCCAUCUCUGAGCGCCCGGUGGAGAUCACUCGAGAGGUGGGAGGGCAAUUGUGCAUGAACAUUGGUACCGCACUUGUGGGUCCAACUGUCAUGGCCAAUUUGAUCCAGUUUAUUCCACAGAUUGCUGGAAAGAAGACGGAAAAGUUUGUCAAUGGCGACCAUUAUGUUCUUCCAUUGAGCUCUGGCUACCUGGCUAGCUCGCACCGGGUUAGCCCUGGUGCAGAGCACAUCCCUCACCAGCCAUGGAAUGAGUCUCACAAUGUUGUUGCAAUGUUGGACUACGACGAGGAAGAAGCCUUCUUGAGUGCGGCCCAAGUUCAAGAUGACCAGGCAUUCUUCAAGCUUGGAUCCAUGAUCGAGUGUACGAUCAGUCCUGUGGAGACUCUUCCUUCUGGCAACUCUGAGGUUGUGAGGAAUUUCCUCCGUCAGGGCUGCUACAGGGCUGUGGUGAUGCACGAGACUAUCUUCAAGUCCGUGUACACCCCUCAGCGCCCAGAUGAGCUUGCAGCUCACUUCAAGAUCAUCAAUCGCAGGCCAGUUGCCAGUGAGGCGUUUGAAGAAGUGGAAAAAAGAGGUCGACUAGCUUUCCUGCGGGAUGAGCUACCAGCCACCGCGACAACAGUUGGCGCAUCAGGUCAGCACCUCUCUGGGGUAGUGUGA